GUUUAGUGUUGCAUAGCCUCUGUCCAUGCUAUAGAAAUUAACUUUUUAGGGUGUAAAGCAACAACUUAACGUAAAAAAAUCGCAUUUUUCUUAAAAAGUUUCUCACAAUAUACCUCAUAUCAUGCUUAAAUUACUAAUGCACGGCCAUCACAUCAAAUGAAAUUUCACGGAAUUAUUUAAUCAAAUUGGAUAAUGUCCGGAUAAUGACCAAUUAGGCGAUCAUUUAAAUAGCCCUGGAUCAAAUUUAUUUGGUCAUUAAGCUCAAGAUGCCCCUAAAACACUGUAUUUGUUUAGUUUUAUUCAUUCUUCGAGUAAAUGCCGCUGAUGUGUGUGAAAUAACCGCUUGCCAAGCGCUGGAAGAAAGCCUAAUACAAAUCACUGAAUUCUCAGAUAGAAUUGAGGAAAAAAACGAUACCAAUGAUUAUUUAAUUAAGCUGGAAAGACGGGUAAGAUCACUGGAACAACCUGUGUGGGAUAUUGUCAAAGAAGAUGGGCACUGGAUCGAUUGCCUAAUAGGUCCUUGCAACUGUAAACCCGAAAUAAAAACCUUAAGCUGCUGGAGGUUGGACUUAAAAGAGUUGCCAUCUGAGCAAGUCUUGCCUUAUGACGUCAGAGCCAUCGAUUUAGGGAUUAACCAGUUGUCCACCUUGAGCAACAAGGCCUUUCAGGGCCUCACUUUUCUCACUGAGCUUGAUCUGUUUGAUAAUGAAAUUGAUUAUUUGCCGUCGGGUUUAUUUAGGAGGUUAAGCAGCCUUAUAUAUUUGAGACUCCAUAAAAACAAACUGGAAGAACUGCAUCCUGAUCUACUAAAAUACCUGCCAAACCUAAAAACGCUUGACGUGUCAGCGAACAAAUUAAAGUUUCUCCCGUACAACCUGUUUGAGGCUAACAGGAAGUUAAUUUUGCUCCACUUAUCCAGAAACAGCUUGAAAGCCAUUCCGGAGGCUUUAUUUAAUAGGCUGGAACGCCUGGAAGAUCUGGAUUUGAGCAACAACGAACUAGAAACUUUGCCAAAGUAUGUGUUUGCUGACCUGGCAGUAUUAAAGAGGCUCCAUUUGGCUGAGAAUAAUAUCAGUUCACUUCCCACUGGAGUUUUUACUCAAUUACGUCAACUGAAUUUGCUGAAUCUUAGAAAAAAUAAACUGAGUCAUCUCUCGGAAAAUUUGUUUGCUCCCCUGGAGAACCUGAAGAUUUUACAGCUCACCAGUAAUCAAAUAUCUCAGGUUUCUCCUAAGGACUUUUUAAAGCUGACUAACCUGGUUGAGCUUCAUUUAGGGCAAAAUUUGAUAAGUGAACUUCCGGAGGAAGCCUUCGUUGGCAAUAAAAAGCUGGAGAAAUUGUUUCUUUUUUCCAAUAUCCUGGAAGAGGUUAAUGAUAGGACCUUUAACGGAUUAGCAAAUCUAACCUCACUAUUUAUGAACAAUAAUAUGCUAAAAAAUAUUGGUGCCGGGACGUUUUACUAUACCCCUCAGCUUCAAAAACUGCAAAUUGAUAGCAACAAAUUUCACUUCUUACCUGCUAAACUAUUCGAUCCUUUGACCCAGUUGGUGUCAGUGAAACUGGCCAAGAAUCCUUGGCACUGUGAUUGUAAUAUUUUAUAUCUUUCCAUUUGGAUUGAAUUGAACCAGAACAAAGUGUGGGACUCAGACCUCGCUUGCAGAGGUCCAGGUGAUCUUGGAGGACUUCUUUUGAAGGAUAUGACCUUCGAUAAGCUCUGUGAAGGUCAAUGGGCCAGUAUGAUGAAUCAUGCUGCCAGAAUACCUGUUAAAAAGAACACAGGACUUAAUAUAAGUUUAUUUGAGUUUGAUGAGUCUAAUGAAUCUUUGAAAUAAAUCAUUGUAUU